CUCACCAACCCCCAACUUCCCAGAGGGUGCAGCUAUUUAAGAGCAGCUGCAUUCAGGAAAAACAAGAGAGUCAUUUGGAGCUAUCCAGUCCAGUAUCUUCUGAGAGGACAGUGAAUUGGACAAGAGAAUAGUGGCCAGGACAGGAGCUAGGACCACCUAGGAGAGGAGCCCAGGACAAUCCAUCUGCACUCAUCCUGCACAGAACUCUCAGCAUGAGGACCCUCCUGGCACUGGCAGUGAUUAUGGUCUUUGGCCUAAUGUGGGUUCAGGGGGAUAUUUUUAACUUCAAUUCCAUGAUCUCAUCGGUGACAAAAAAGAAUGGUGCAACCGAUUAUGGCGCCUAUGGUUGCCACUGUGGCCUGGGUGGCAAAGGAACCCCCAAGGAUGCAACGGAUCGAUGCUGUGCCCGCCACGACUGUUGCUACAAGCGUCUGGAGAAACGUGGAUGUGGCACAAAAUUUCUGAGCUACAAGUUUAAAUACCAAGCAGGCAAAGUCAUCUGUAAAGCAAACCAGGGCUACUGUAGGAGUCAGCUGUGUCAGUGUGAUAAAACUGCUGCCUACUGUUUUGCUAAAAACCGGAAAACCUACAAUAGGAAGUACCAGUUCUAUCCCAAUGUGCUGUGCCGUGGGAAGAAGCCCAGUUGCUGAGGCUCCUCUUCGCCAAAGCCUGGCCAGCCAGUGCUGGUCCUCUUCUCCAACACCCUCUCUCCCAGCCCCCACCAAGUUCCCUGCAAUCCAGAAAACAGUCCCGGUCCAUCCCAGGGGCAAGCUAGGAGCCCUUCUGUCCUGACCCAAACAAGAAGACCAAACCCGGGGGCACCUCUGCUGAGUCCCCACUCCUGCCCUUCCCUACCACCUCCGGCCCCCUGCUUAGCUCCCAGCUGCACACUCCUGGGAGUCUUUUCUGAAUAAACCAAUUUGUCACCAAA